GAAUGUAUCAGUUCUAUCAUUUUCUCAGUUAGAGAAGUUAUUGACAGGACUAAGCGACCAGUAACUACUGGAAGCAAAUUCAUAAAGACUUUUUGGUUUUGACCAAAAAUAAAAUGAUGUGGAGCGUAGUAUUUGGUACAUGGCUCCUGAUAGCACAGUCCCUUGGAUGCAUACCCUGCAAUAAAAGGGGUUUGGAGGCUCUUGAGAAAUUGAAGAUAUUUAUUCAGGACCAGGUUCUGGUAGAAGAAACCGCCGCCUAUGUGACUAUCAAAAAUUUUGCAAACGCUGCCAAAAGGCAAAUUGAACAAUACUUGGAGGAUGUGGGGACUCUGGAUGAGUAUGCCCUAUCCGAAAUAGGGUCCGAAUAUAAAAUAUCAGUCAAUAUCAUCGUGGACUUGGACUCUACAGGUGUGAAUCUUCUCAAUGACCUUGAACACCAGUUCAAAAGACUCAAGGAGAAGAUUGAGAAUAUUGUGCAGGAGGCAGAGAAACGGAGAUGCCCUAACAAGAAAGAUUUUGACAACUGUGAAUUCUUUGACAAGUGCACCUGCAUAUGCACCACCCAGAACAAAUGUUUCGAUUUAAAGUCCGGAGAUAAAUGCACUCCGUGCAAAGAUAUGACAUCACGUCUUGCAGAGGUUAUAGACUGUGGAGAGAGAAAUAUUGCAGUUACAGAAGAUCACGAUGUUCUCCUUGCCUGUAACUUAGAAUGGUAUCCGAGGCUUGAGGACGGAUAUAAAAACAUUUUCAGUAAGACUUCUCAUCCUGUACAAAGGGUAACUGAGGAUCCUUAUAUUGAGCUGAAAGAAAUUCAGAAAUAUGAAGCUGGCCAAUACAUAUGUACCACCAUUCUUAAUUCUGGUGUGCCAAUCGCUAAAUAUACUUAUAACGUGAAAGUUGGCAGCGGAUUAGGAGCAGUGACUGAAAUAGACAAGCCUGUGCCAACACUUCCCGCAGAGACAGAAAUGUCAACCUCCGAGCCACUAGCUGAGGAUCCCACACUUAAGUUACCCGACAUUGCAGCAUAUGUAGCUGGUGCCAUCACCUUAUCACUGUUCGCUGGCCUAGGUAUCUUCAUGUACUUAAGAAAAUCAAAAAAGGCUAAGGAUAUCUCGCCAGUGUAA